AUGAAUAUAUUUACACCAUGGACGAAAAAUAAUAAGGCAGAAAGUGCUAACGGUCAUGAGACACCUCAAUUUGCUAGUGCAAUAACACAGUCAAAUUCUACCAAUUCACGUCCAACAGGAAAAGAACUUAUGGGCCCAAGUUAUAGUAGGGUGCAAGAUUUAUCGGCACAUGCAAUUGCAUCACAAGCACAAAUAAAUCCAUCAACUGGAUCCAUGGAUGUGAAAGUCGAUCCAGAAUUACCCAAAGCACAUAGCCACCGAAUAGUUUCCACGACAAAACGAGCUGAACAGAACCGUAAUGCCCAACGAGCUUUCCGCAUUCGCAAAGCAAAUCAGUUUAAAGAAUUGGAGAGUAAAGCCAAAGAGGUCGAUCAGUUAAAACUGAAGAUUGAGAGUUUAGAAGCACGGAAUCGAUCGAUGGCCAAUUAUAUAUGUGAGUUGCAACGGCAAAUAAUUGAAUUCAAUAAUAAUAAAACCCCCAGCAAAAGCGACGAUAAUGGGAAAGAAAAUAACACCCCAUCAGGCAAUUGA